GCAUUUGUAUAGUUCACUUUAUGCUGUAAACACCCUUUUUAAAAGAUUAUUCAUGUAAAUAUGGCGUGCUUUAAUUUUCAGUUUAAAUUGAUAAUUUAUUUAGUGGUUAUAUCAACUUUACAUAAAUCUUGCUCUGCUAGAAAACUGUUUACAAUAGGUGUGCUGUUUAAUGAAAUACCAACACAAUCUGAGCUAUCUUUGAACGAUACCAUAAUAAGAAACAAUAUCAUAGAAAAAGAAACCCCUAUAUCGCUCUCGAGCAAAGUGCAACUUGUUUCCAGUACGGAUAUAUUCGACACGUCAAAAACUAUAUGCAAUCUCAUUGAUGAUGGUAUAAUGGCUAUCAUGGGUCAACCGACCUGUGCUACUUCUCCGAUAAUCGAAUCCACUUGUAAAAGUCUCAAUCUUCCUUACAUACUUACUUCUUGGAGAAAAUCGAGUUACGAAGAAUCGCCUAUAUUCCUGAAUUUUCAUCCAGAUGCCGAUAGGUUGGGCAAAGGUAUAGCUGACAUCAUAAAGAGUUUAAAGUGGAUGGGCAUAUUAAUAUUUUAUGAAGAGGAAGAAGGUCUGGUUAAGUUACAGGAGGUUUUGAAGUUGCAAAAUGUGAAAAACACUGAUUCACAAGAUUUUAUUAGAGUACAACAUUUGACGAAUGGACCGGAUUAUAGACCAAUUUUUAAGAAAUACAGAAACACUACUGAAAAUAAUAUCAUAAUAGAUUGUAAAACGGAAAAUAUUCUACCAAUUUUAUCGCAAGCCAAGAGUUUGGAUAUGUUAGAUAUAGGAUUUAAUUAUUUCCUCACAUCAUUGGAUGCACACACCGUGGAUUAUUCGUCAUUAAAUAUAACUGCAAAUAUUACAAUUAUAAGAAUAUUUGAUCCCAAAUCCGAGGAAUUGUCGAGUGCCCUUCGUAAAUGGAGCUUAACCGCAUUUGAAUUUUACAGAACAGCCCUCGAUCUCAAACCAAACAUGAUCAAAACGGAAACGGUUCUUUUUCAUGAUGCUCUCACUUAUCUUUCGGCUGCUUUGAAAAAAUUACCGUACCUACCCGAAAGCAAAGUGAAUUGCUUCGCGGAGGAUCUUUUCUCCAAUGGACCUACAAUAAUAAAUACUAUAAAAUACUUAGAUGAUUUACCUACCAUCACUGGUCCGAUAAAAUUCGACGAAUACGGCAACAGGAUCGAUUUCCGAAUUUACGCAUAUACCUUAGACGAUGAUCAACUCAUUGCCACUUACCAAGCUUUAAACGAAACCGUAAUAUUAGCAAGAACAUCAGAAGAAACAGACUUGGCGGCUACGUCUAAUUUGAAAAAAAUUAAAGUGAUAGUUGGUACAAGAAUUGUGAGGCCAUUUUUGAUGGAAGUGGCUAAUACCAACGGAGAAGUUCUGACAGGCAACGACAGAUACGAAGGGUACACGAAGGAUUUAAUGACGCAAAUCGCUAAAAUCAUAGAUUUUACUUUCGAAUUGCACCUCACCGAGGGCAACCUUUUCGGGGAGUACAAGCCCGAUAAGAAACGAUGGAUUGGACUAAUAGGAGACCUUUUGGAAAGGAGGGCUCAUUUAGCUUUAUGUGAUUCGACAAUAAAUCUUCAACGACAGAGCGUCGUAGAUUUUAGCAUGCCUUUCAUGACGCUGGGAAUAAGCAUCCUCCACACGUACCCGGAAAAAGAAGAAGCCCGAAUAUUCGCCUUUUUAGAGCCAUUCCAUACAUCGGUGUGGAUUUAUUCGGCUACUAUGUAUUUAGUUCUUUCCAUUAUUCUUUACUUUGUGUGCAGAAUGACUCCAGGAGAUUGGGAAAAUCCGCAUCCAUGCGACGAUAAUCCGCAAGAGUUGGAAAACAUUUGGACUUUAAAGAAUUGCCAUUGGGCUACUUUAGGGACAAUUAUGAACCAAGGUUGUGAUAUUUUACCAAAGGGUAUUUCGUCGAAGUUUGCAUUAGCAAUGUGGUGGUUCUUCGCUCUUAUAAUCACCAACUCUUACAUUGCGAAUUUAACGGCAUUUUUAACAAAAGCUAAUUUAGAGCCGCCCAUCAAAGACGCCGAAGACUUGUCGAAACAGAAUAAGAUUAAAUACGGGUGUAUGGAAGGUGGAUCUACCAUGCAAUUCUUUAGGGACUCUAACAUAUCGACGUAUCAAAAAAUGUAUUUGAACAUGAAAAUGCAAAGUCCGAAGGUUUUCGAGAAGAGCAACGAGGACGGCGUGAGCAGAGUUCGACAGGAUAAGAAAGGGUGGUACGCGUUUUUGAUGGAAUCCACUCUAAUCGAGUACUACGUUGAGACGAAUUGCGAUUUGAAGCAAAUCGGUGGAUGGUUGGAUACCAAAAGUUACGGCAUAGCGAUGCCCAUGAAUGCACCUUAUAGAGGAGCCAUUGACAAGGCCAUUCUAGAACUUCAAGAAACUGGUGUACUCAAUGAACUGAAGCUGAAAUGGUGGAAGAAAAAUCGAAAUGAAACUUCCUGUGAUAUAAUAAGAAAUAAGGAUAAAGAUGAAAACGAAAAUGAUUUAGAUCUGGCAAGAACUAUGGGUAUCUUCUUGGUAUUAGCAGUUGGGGUUUCCAUAGCAAUAUUUCUUGGGGUGGUCGAGUUUUUGUGGAAUAUCAGAAACAUAUCGGUAGAAGAGCAUCUAACGUAUUGGGAAGCACUCAAGAUAGAACUCAAAUUCGCUGUUAAUAUUUGGAUAACGAAGAAGAAGGUUAAGUCUGCUGCUUCGGAAGCAUCGUCUUCUUCGAUUGGAAAAGAAGAUAAUGCGAAUAAAGGCGAUAAAAAGAAGAUGAUUCAAAAUUUUUUACAUAACGCUAGUUCGUUUAUGAAUUUAAAUACAACCGCUUAAGUUUACAUUUUUGAAAAAACUCAACUGUUAUGGAUAUCAUGCAGAUGUCACUAGUACCUAA